AUGAAAGAAAAGAUGACAUCUGCGUUGGGAAUAGUUCAAGAGAUUCUCCUAGAUGUCGUGAGGCGGGAGAUCAACAAGGAUGAUGCUACACACCAUCGAACCGACGUAUCAAAAGUAGGAUUCCUCAGAGCAAGAGCAUUCACCUCAAUCCCCCCGCACAUUGUUGCUAAGCGACUCCUCGACUCCCUCGUACUAUCGAUAAAAACCCAACUAGCUAUUGGAGAGCUUGCUACGGCUUCCAAACUUUCUGAAAUAUUUAUACAUGCAGCCGCACCUGUCUGGAACGGGAUUGGAGAGUGGCUCAAAGAUGGGAUGACUAUAGGAAUCGGGGAGAAUAUGGACCUAGAUGAUUCCCAAGAGCGAUCACAAAACAAUGAGCUCUUCAUAGAGAAGAGGGACAUCGAAUUUGUAGAUCCCAACUUUUGGGAGCAAGGGUAUACUUUGCGCGGAGAAGGUGAAGAAGAUCGUGAGGGAGGUGACGAUGCGAAUGGGGGGUCACUGCUGAUCCCGAACAUUUUUUUAGAUCUGAGUAAAGAUAUCCUUGGAGCCGGGAAAGCCGUUGGGCUACUCCGUGGCCUAGGCAUCGACCCAUUUUCGGAAGAAACGGAGCCUUCUCUUCACACUUGGCAAUGGGAAGGGUUUGAAAGGGUGUUUUCAUCGGCGGCUACGGCAUCGUCAAGCUCUUCGAUAACACCACCUGUAGCAACAGAAUAUGACCCACUCACGCCCGACGAAACCUACAGCAUGAGGCUUACAAUAGAGAGCAUGCAAACGAUUAUGGAGGAUAGGGUAAUGAGGUGGUGCCAGGCUGCACACUCUGCUCUAAAUAGACUUCUAUUUGAGGAAUGCUCUCUACAAGAACAUUUGUUCAGCCUGGAAAAUAUGUGCUUCAUGCGGCGAGGGGAUGCAAUGACUACAUUCUGCGACAACAUUUUCAUGAAGCUAGACGCACAACAAAAGUGGCACGACCUACAUUUCCUCAACGGAAACCUACGAUCUGUAUCUUCGGUAGAUAGGGUCCCGUGGAUAAAUAUUGAGCUCGUACAAUUUCAUGUACGAGGAGGAAGAGAAAGAAACGAUACCUUGACACUCACGAGCGAUUUUGAUCCCCGAAAGGUAUCAUACCCUUUAACAUACCUGCUCCGGAGACCUAGCGCGGUCGUGUAUUCUUCUGUUUUUAUAUUCCUCCUACAAAUAAGGAGGUCCAAAGCGCUCAUAGAUAGGAUAUUGCUUCAUAACCGUGAGUGGAGAAAUGGAACCCGGAACGAAGAGAACGAUCCGAACUUCACUUAUGCUCUACGAAGCAAGUUUGCGUGGAUAAUCAAACUACAUAACCGAAGGAAUUAUUCCAUUGAAACCGAACAGGUAAUUGGAGCCAGACUUGGCCCCUUCCAUGAUCAGUUGAGAAAAGCGAAGUCCUUAGAUGAAAUGAUUGCCCUCCAUGAUCAUCACCUGGCACUGCUCCAAAAAUUAUGUUUCCUGCAAAGUAAAACGAUUGCCUUGCAUCGCUCUAUACUUGCCAUCUUAGAUCUGGCAUUACAUUUCGUGAACUCCCUUUCCGUGCAGAUGGAGAGAGACCAGGAGGAUCCAGCAGUAGUCCCACAACCCGACGAUACACAUGCCAAAAAGAAAAGAAAACGGCAUCAACGACGAGCAAGAUUGGCGCGUCGGAAUAUCGUUGGGUUCUCGGAUCAUAGAGAUGCUGUCUCCGCCAGUUCUUCAUCCUCCGACGAUGAGGGUCAAAUCGCAGAAGACGAGAAGGAAGUGGAUUUACAGGACGUGUCGAGAUAUGGUAGGCCAUCUCUGGUGAACUCUGUGUCUUUCGCCGAGGAGAGUUUCGUGGUCAAAAUGGACAGGAUCUCGGAUGAACUACAAGGGCAUGUUAAGUAUGUUAAAAAGGCAGUUGAUGUCCUUGCAGGUGGGUCGAACGAGGUUGCGUCCACUUUUGCGGUGCUCUCGUUCAUGCUCGAAGAGUGGGAUAUGUAA